AUGGAAAAAAAAACAAAAGUUCAGAAAGACUUAAUUAGGAGAUGGGAGAAAGAAAGUUUUGCACACUUUCAUCGUUGGAAAUCAGAAGGAAAUAAUCAUAUUCAAGUCAAAUCACAUUUUCAGAAGCGAAAUGAGAAAAACAUGAUAUUUCGUAGAAUGUCAGUGUCCGUUCUUGAUAAAAACAAGCCUGAUUCGGCUCAUGAAAAAAAGAUUCAACAAUGCAGAAUUAAAAUUAAGGAUGAGAGGAAUGAAAACUUUGAAAAUUCGGAAUAA